AUGGCCACAGCCAACACCAGCAACUCAACGUCAACUCCACCAACCCCGUCAACCCAAUGGUCAUCGCCAAAUGUUGAAACAAAGAUGGAUACGCGACCACAAACCUUUUUUCGAAAAGGUUUCACUAUCACGACUCAAAAAUUACCCAUCCUCAAGGCGGGUCCCAUCGAAAGCAUGACGAACAGACUUGGAAUCACCCCUCCGGAAAUGAUCUUCGGCGACAACUUCAUAGCGAUCGAGCACAACGCCAGUGGAUGGGGCAUAGCAUUCAAUACAUUCGAUGCUUUGGACAAAGUUGACAAGACUGGAGCCGCAAUGCUCAAAGUUGCAUACUCGAAGGAAUGGCAAAAGAGCCGGGAACACACCCACGACGGAAUCAAAGAGGUUGUGAAGCCUUUCGACUGGUCGUAUAGCACCGACUACAAAGGGACCGAGAAACCUGACGUCGCAGCACUCGGCCCAUCCGACGUUGAAAUCCCAAUCGAGCUUCUCAAACGACCAGACCCAAUCUUAUUCUUCGAUGAUGUGAUGCUCUACGAGGACGAACUGGCCGACAAUGGAGGUGCAGCCGAGACAUAUGUAUCCUAUGGUUUUACGCAAAAAUUGUACGAGGCUUGCUCGUCUCAAGCGGAUUAUGAGAUCCCACAAUUAGCCCUAAAAGGAGUCGAAGUACCGAAGACCGCCAAUGGUGAGGAACUUGGAGUCGGAGAGGGAUGGUGGUAUAAAGAGCUCAAAUUGCUUCCUACAUUUUCCACAUGGUCGCAGGUGACCUUUCUGCACAUGUACCUGCUGACGGUCCGUAUCCGCGCCCUACCAUCGCCCGAAAGCGUACGAACCCACUCCCGCCAUCUCUUCGACCACUUCUCGCACAACGCCGAACAACGCAUGGCCACCCUCCACAACAUCUCCAGCCGUAGCAUCCGCAACAAAUACCUCAAAGAUCUCUUCAUCCAAUGGCGCGGCGUUCUUGCCGCCUACGACGAGGGACUCGUCAAAGGCGACGCAGUCUUGGGCGCAGCCGUAUGGAGAAAUAUAUGGAAAGCAAGCGGCACAUCACAUGACGGCCGCGACCUUGACUGGUCUCAAGUCGCUACUGUGGUGGCUUAUAUGCGUCGUGUGCUUUCGGAAUUGGCCAAGACGAAUGAAGCGGAUUUGGUCUUUGAUCUCGUGGGUACGGACUUUGUUGCUGCUGCUGUUGGAGGAAAGGAGAAGAAGGCUAUAUUCGGACCUAGGGGGGUUGAUAUGAAGCUCGGUGGGAUGAAGUAG